AUGUUGUCUUUCAUCUAUAUAUCGUUUGCAUUCUUUUUACUGGCCAUUGCCAAUGCAUCUACGGUAACAAGCAAAGACUUUGCUUUGGUCAUGUACGAUCCGGCAUUGAUUCCUUUAAACGACUCAACUGCGUCGCUAUCCCCUGAAAUUGAUCAAUUUUUGACAUUUUUAAACACACAUUACGAUACUACACUUAGUCCUUAUAGUGAUAAUGAAGUACUGUUGUUUUAUGAUGAUUAUCCUAGAUUCGAUCAUUUAGUUUUACUUCCCUCGCUGAAGAAAGCCAUUGGUGCCAAAUCUGGUUUGAAUCAACAUCAAUUGUUGAAAUUCAUUAACGAAGGAGGCAACAUUUUAGCUGUUGGUGGAUCUGAUGCUGCAUUGCCUGAGGGGAUAAGAACUUUCUUGAACGAAUUGGGAAUUUAUCCUGCUCCUAAGGGAUAUAAAUAUAUCGAUCAUUUCAAUUCCAAGAAUGAAGUCGUUGAAUUGAAAGAUGAAAAUUUGAUUAGCAAUAAUAGAAUAUUGGAGAAACUAAACACUGUUGAAUACACCAAUGGAAAUGCUGCGUUGAUUUCAAAUAAUGAAUUGAUUCAACCUAUACUCAAAUCGUCAAAGACUGGUUACACCAACAAAGUAGGCCAAGUAAUGAGUGAUGAAUUUACCUGGACUUUUGGGGAACAAGGAUUCUUAGCUGUUGGUUUCCAGGCAUUGAACAAUGCUAGAUUGGUUUGGAUAGGAUCGCUUGAUUUGUUAGCUGAUGAAUCUUUGUACAAGUGGAGUUUCCAAGACACGGGUGUUCUCAAAUUACAAUUUGCUCAACAUAUUAAAGCUAAUGAGCCAGAAAAUUUGAACCCACAUUUGUACAGAAUCAAAGAUCAGGCCAUCUACACAAUUGGAAUUUCAGAAUACAAGGACGGUAAAUGGGUUCCCUUUGAGGUUAAAAACGAAGAUGAACAAUUACAGUUAUCGUUCAAGAUGUUAGACCCGUACCAAAGAUUGAACUUGAGUCCGUUAGGUCCUGUCAGUUCCACGGAAAACAGUGAUGAAUUGGACGCUUACGCAUAUUUUGUCAACUUUACCGUGCCUGACCAUCAUGGUAUGUUUACAUUUGAGUUGGACUAUAAACGUAAUGGAUUGAGCUACAUCUUGGACAAGAAGGUUGUCACUGUUAGGCACUUAGCCAAUGAUGAGUUCAAAAGAUCAUGGGAUUUAUCAAACUCGUGGCUAUACAUUGCAAGCACUGUAUUGGUUAUUCUUGCAUGGUUCAGUUUUGUUGUUUCGUACUUGUACAUUGGCAAACCCAACCAUGCAAAGAAAAACAUCUAA